AUGGAGCUAUACACACCGUUCGCGCCGCGCUUCAAACCGGACAUGUCCUUCUCCUCCACCUUCUCCCCCUUCCUAGUCAAAACCCACCUCAAUAAAACCCCCGAAAUCCCUCCAAACCUCCGCGUGUUUGCAGUUGCCGCCGACCAGAAAGAACUCCCGGAGAACAGCCCCCGGAAGCUCCUGAAAGAGCUGGCCGAGCGCAGAAAGGUAGUCUCCCCGAAGCGAAAAGCGCCCCCAAAGAGAUUCAUCCUCAAACCCCCGCUGGACGACGCGAAACUCGCCAAGAGAUUCCUGAACAGCCCUCAAUUGUCCCUGAAAUCCUUCCCCUUGCUGAGUUCCUGCCUGCCAUCAUCCCGCCUGAACAAUGCCGACCGGACUUGGAUUGACGAGUACCUGCUCGAAGCCAAGCAGGCCUUAGGUUAUCCCCUCGAAUCUUCUGAUAGCUAUGGGGACGAUAAUCCGUCCAAGCAGUUUGAUACCCUGCUGUAUUUAGCCUUUCAGCAUCCCCAUUGCGAGAGGACGAACGCUAGGCAUGUGAGGUCGGGACACUCGAGACUGUCCUUUUUGGGGCAGUACGUGCUGGAGAUGGCGCUGUGCGAGUUUUUUCUGCAAAGGUACCCGAGGGAGUCUCCAGGGCCAAUGAGGGAGAGGGUUUAUGCUUUUAUUGGGAAGAGGUUCCUUCCGAAGUGGAUUAAGGCUGCUGGGUUGCAGAAUCUGAUCUUUCAGUAUGAUGACAUGGAUAGAUUGAUCAGGACGGAUAGGGAGCCUCCGGUGAAAUCUGUCUUCUGGGCCUUGUUUGGGGCGAUAUAUUUGUGCUUUGGGAUGCCGGAAGUGUAUCGUGUUCUUUUUGAAGUUUUUGGAAUGGAUCCAGAAGCUGAAGAUGCCCAGCCUAAACUGAGGAGACAGCUUGAGGAUGUUGACUAUGUCUCUGUUGAGUUCGAUAACCAGAAACUGAACUGGCAGGAUAUUGCUUCUUACAAGCCCCCAGAGGACGCCUUAUUCGCUCAUCCAAGGCUUUUCAGAGCAUGUGUGCCACCUGGCAUGCAUCGAUUUCGUGGAAACAUUUGGGAUUAUGACAGUCGGCCUCAAGUCAUGAAAACGCUCGGGUACCCCUUGCCUAUGGUAGACAGGAUUCCUGAUAUAACAGAAGCUAGGAAUAUUGAGCUAGGACUUGGAUUGCAGCUCUGUUUCUUACACCCAUCGAUGCACAAGUUUGAACAUCCCCGGUUUUGCUUCGAUCGUUUCGAAUACGUUGGUCAAAAGAUACAGGACCUUGUAAUGGCCGAGAGGCUGCUCAUGAAGCAUCUAGAUGCCCCCGGGAGAUGGCUACAGGAGAAACACAAUCGUCUUCUGAUGAACAAAUUCUGUGGAAAGUAUUUAAGGGAGAAAUAUCUCCACAGGUUCAUCAUAUAUAGUAAUGAGGUGCAAGAUGAAUAUGACCAUAACAGGAGACUUAGAAAUCCAACCACAACUGCAGUUCAACAGGCCAUUCAUGGGCUUGCAUAUGCCGUUUAUGGGAAGCGAGAUGUGAGGCGGCUUAUGUUUGAGGUUUUCGACUUCGAGCAGAUUCAGCCCAAGGCUGUAUGA